CUCAUGCCAGGCUGAUUUUAUUUCCCACGCUGCAGAUAUUAAAACUGGAUAUAUCACACACAGGGCUGUCAUCUGGGCCCAUCUUCAGCUGUGCUCGAACUCAUCAGGCUCUGGUUACAGUAAUCAUGUCAUCCUCAUAUGCUGCUGCUAUAUCAGCCCUCCAUUCAGCCAGCUCUUCAAAUCCAGCUGUCAAACCCAGCCCUCACACCUCCCCAGACACAGCAGCGAGUCCUAAACCUUCCUCCCCGUGCAGCAAACCUGCCCACUGUCCUCCAGCUGUACAGACACAUCCUCAUUCCCCUGAGCUUCUGGGAACUUAUGAUGAGCAACAGGAGAAUCCUGCUGACUAUGGCAUUGGUGGUUACUACCCUGUAGAGAUUGGAGAGAUUUUCGUUGACUGUUACCAAGUGGUUAAAAAGUUGGGAUGGGGUCAUUUCUCUACUGUUUGGCUCUGCUGGGAUAUGGUGAAGAGGCGUUUUGUGGCUCUGAAGGUGGUGAAGAGUGCUCAGACAUUCACAGAGACGGCCCUGGAUGAGAUCAAACUUCUAAAAUGUGUAAGGGACAGUGACCCCAAAGAUCUAAAGCGUGAGAGGAUCGUGCACCUCAUUGACGACUUCAGGAUCACAGGAGUGAACGGAGAGCAUGUGUGCAUGGUUCUGGAGGUGCUGGGCCACCAGCUGCUGAGGUGGAUCGUCAAAUCUAACUACACUGGCCUCCCCCUGCCCUGCGUUAAGAGCAUCAUCAGACAGGUUCUGCAGGGUUUGGAUUACUUGCACACUAAAUGCAAGAUUAUCCACACAGACAUCAAGCCAGAAAACAUCCUCCUCAGAGUGGAUGAGGUUUACAUUCAAAACCUGGCAGCCAACACCAAGCUGUGGCAGCUUCCAGUGUCCUCUGCUUUCACCAGCUCCUCGGUGAACAGACGCUCCAGAGAUAAACAGAGUUUGUCCAACCUGUUGGGGAAGCUGACUGGGGUUUUCCACACUCUGGGCCAGUGGUCCAGCAAAGUCUCCAAGAGCCCAAUUAAGAGGCUGACGAGGAGAGACAGGAGUCGACGUGGACAGGAGAGUGCAUCGGACCACAACCGAAAAGACAAACUUCAUGUGUCGUUCUCUGAUGCUACUUCUAGCACCGGUAGCUCUACCUGUCACUCUAAGCUCACAGGUCCUAACCUCACGUUAAGGAGGCAGACCCUGCUGUUGGAAGAUGCACUGGUCUCGACUCCACACAGCCACAGAGACUCCAUCUGCUCAUGGCCAGACCUCAACACAGAUGCUCCUGUCUCUGGCUCUAGAUCAGUGUUAUUACAUCAGACUGCAGACAAAGAGCCGCCUCCACCUUCACCAUCUUCUCCCCGUGGUGUUAGUGACUCAGAUGUACUUUUGGACCUACUAAAGCCUGAGAAUGCGGAUAAAAUCCAAAUCAAGAUUGCUGACCUGGGCAAUGCCUGCUGGGUGCACAAACACUUCACUGAAGACAUCCAGACGUGUCAGUACCGCUCUGUGGAGGUUCUGAUCGGUGCUGACUACGGCACACCAGCCGACAUCUGGAGCACGGCCUGCAUGGCUUUUGAGCUGGCCACAGGGGACUAUCUGUUCGACCCCCAAUCUGGAGCCACAUUCUCCCGCGAGGAAGAUCACAUUGCCCACAUCAUUGAGCUGCUAGGACCCCUUCCUUCCCAGUUUGCACUCUCAGGGAAAAAUUCCAAACAAUACUUCAACCGUAAAGGACAAUUGCGACACAUCUCAAAGCUGAAGCCAUGGAGUUUGUUGGAGAUCCUGCUGGAUAAGUACGAGUGGCUGCGGGAGGAAGCCGUCCAGUUCAGCUCGUUUCUACUGACCAUGUUGGAGCUGCUGCCAGAGGAAAGAGCCACAGCUGCCCAGUGUCUGAAACACCCCUGGAUCACCUCCUAGGCUUACCAGUUCAGAGCCCAGUGGACUAGCUCUGGUCAGGAGCAGGCCUGGACACAUCGCACAUGCCAUGGGACUCGCAUAGCUGUGGGAUCUACAGUAGUAGGCUGGUGCUGGGAUCACGAGUGCAGCUUUCAUAAAAAUGUUUUAGCCUGAGGACGACCCUUCUCCCAGUUGGGUCUCUUGGUCUUUUAAUGGCAGUCUUAUCUAAAUCAAGCACAUCAAUGACAAAAGAGAAGUUUUUCUUUGGAAAAUUCUUGAAUUUCAAUAAACUGACAUAAGGUUGUUUUUAUUUUUAUUUCUGUCAC